AUGCCCGGCACGGUCUCAUGGCAGGCCCCGCGCUCCGGGCGUGCGGCCGGCCGGCUGAGGGGGCGGCUCCGCUUCCCCGCUCCCCGGGCGCUGCGACGGGCGGGAGGGAAGGAGGAAGGACGAAGAGCGAAGCCUCCGCCGCCGCCCGCGCUUCGGAUCCCGGCACCCGGCCGCUCCGCUCUCCGCGCCGCCGAGGCGUUUUUCCUGCGUCACCAGCUCCUGCCCGGCGGCGGCCCUGCGCUCCGGCUCCGGCUGGGGCUUGGCUGGGGCCUGCACGCUCCGCCCCGUCCGGGCAGCGGGCGCUCGAGGGGGAGGGGGUGCACACGCAGCCGGGGCCUGCGGCCUGCGGGGCUGGGCUGCGCGCGGGGGCAGGGAGGGAGGAAGGCAGGAGGAAGGAAGGCGGCGGCGGAGGGGCCGGGCCGGGCGGCGGAGCGCUGCGCGCUGACGGCUCCGUACGCGGGGGAGGGGAUGAGAGGGGGAGGGCGCGAGGCGAGACGCGGCGGCGGCGCCCGAGUCUCGCGGGGCCCUGGCCAAGAUGGCGGAGCUGGGCCCGGCCUGAGCGCGGCGCCGAGGGCUCCGCCGUACCGCUCCCGCCCCCGAGCCCCGCGCCUGUCAGUCACACCGCCCGCCCCCAGCCCUGCGCGCGCGGGGGGAGCUGCGCGCCGGCGGUUUCACGUCCGUUGGGCUCGAGCGGUCUCCAUUGUGACCGGCGGGCGGACCGCGCGAGACCCGGAUGAUGACGUCACGCGGCCGCUCGCUCUCUCUCAGUUCCCUUCCUCGCUGCUGCUGCUGCCGCCCGGCGGGGGCGGCGUCUCCCUUGGGCCCGGCGGAGCGGCCGCGGGACGGCGGCACAAAGCGCGGGGGCGGCGCGCUGCCCGGCGGGAGGGUGGUGCGCUUAGGCCUCGGUAGGCCGCAGGGCCGGCACCUAGAGAGGGGGGCGCGAGCGCUGUGAGAAGGCAGAGCUACGCACGUACGGCUCCGUCAGAGAGCCAGGCCGUUAGAAGCACGGUGCUUUACGCGGCCUUUAGGGAGACAAAACCUUUAAACGUAAGGAAUGACGCCUUGUGACAGGUCAGAAGGUCGGCAGACGCGGGGAACUUGCUCUCCGAGUACCUGGAGCCGUGCUUGGUUUUAUCUGACUUUUUUAUCCUCUGUACUGCAAGGUCAAAGUCUCAUUUGAACAACAUCAUUCAAGAAUUUCAGAGCAGGAAGUGGAGGAUCCAGUCUCCAGCUGAAAACGCAGGAGGAAUUUAGGUCGCCGGGUUGGAAUUUGCUCACAGGCUUGGUAACAGCCUUCGCUCUGUGCGCAGCGUUUAUCUGCUGGACCUCACCGUGACAAAGACCAAAAUAUGGCUGGUCAUGGUCAUAGAAUCGUAUCAGAGAAUCAUAGAAUGGCCUGGGUUGAGAAGGACCACAAUGAUCAUGUAGUUUCAACCCCCUUGCUACGUGUAGGGUUGCCAACCACUAUACCAGGCUGCCCAGAGCCACAUCCAGCCUGGCCUUGAAUGCCUCCGGGGAUGGGGAGGGAGUGUCUGCUGUAAAAAGCCAGAGCUCAAAGCUAGCAGUGAUACGUCCUGUUAUUUCCUCUUUUAACAAAGUGAGGGUUAGCUGGGUUUUGCUAAUCGCUGGGAUUAUUUGGGAAGGAAACCUGAAGUACGUCUUUGCAUUAACCCCUCUGACAAAACGGUGCAGCUCCUUCACUGCUGUCCAAAUGCAACAGUUUGCAUGCUGAAAGAGGGGUUGUGUGUGCAUUUUACUCACCAACAAUACAGACAAGCCACAACUGGUGAAAAUCUGUGUCAGUGUAAGCUUAUUGUGUUCAGUUUAGAAAUAUGUGUAAUCACAGAAAUAGCAGCCUUUUCAUCUCAGCGAUUUUCAUGCCUACGAGCGUAUUCUUGUGGCCUCCUUGCUCCUUUUCUUUGCUCCUUGCUAAUUACUUUGGGCUUUCCUUCCUAUUUCCAAUUUAUCCAUUGCGCUCUCCUGGGAAAUGCUUAAAAUCAUUGCGCCUGUAAUACUUGUGAUGUUCCUUGCCUCAGUGCUCUCCCUGCAGCUCCUGACUGAUGACUGACAGCGGUAUGGCUGCACCUCCAGUGGUUUCAGUUGUAUGUUGUUUGACACGUCUCAGUCCUUAAAAAAUAAAUCGCUCUGGUUUCCGA